UGGCGGCGCCCUUGAGAGGCAUGUUUUGAAUCCUGUGAAGUGUCAGAGAUGAACAGCAGCUGCUAUUUUACUGGAUACAAGACCGAGAGGGAACGUUCGUGAGCGGAAUAUGGAGAGACAGGAGUUCGUCGCGUCUCUGGUGGCUGGGGGCUGCGCCGGCAUGUGUGUGGACCUGACCCUGUUCCCCCUGGACACCAUUAAGACCAGACUCCAGAGUCAGCAGGGCUUCUACAAGGCCGGGGGCUUUAGGGGCAUCUACGCCGGAGUCCCAUCUGCCGCUGUCGGCUCCUUCCCCAACGCCGCUGCUUUCUUUGUCACCUACGAAUGCACCAAGUCCCUCCUCGGCACCGGUGGAGCGGCGGCGGCGGCAGCGCCGCACGCCGCACCCGUCACUCACAUGCUGGCCGCCUCCCUGGGAGAAAUCGUGGCGUGUCUGAUCCGGGUGCCCACUGAGGUGGUCAAACAGCGGACGCAGGCCUGCCCCUCAUCCUCCACUUACAACACGCUGCUGGCCACACUCAGAGAGGAGGGCGUGCGAGGCCUGUACCGAGGAUACGGCAGCACCGUCCUCAGAGAGAUCCCCUUCUCUCUGGUGCAGUUUCCGCUCUGGGAGUAUUUAAAGACUCUGUGGUCGCGGAGGCAAGGUCACACGCUCUACUCUUGGCAGUCGGCGGUGUGCGGAGCUUUUGCAGGCGCUGUAGCGGCGUUCGUCACCACUCCCCUCGACGUGGCCAAGACCAGGAUCAUGCUCGCAAAGGCCGGGUCGACCACGGCGAGCGGCAACAUCCCGCUGGUGCUCUAUGAGGUGUGGAGGAGUCGAGGCAUCACAGGCUUGUUUGCGGGCAGCGUGCCGAGGAUGACCUUCAUCAGCCUCGGCGGCUUCAUCUUCCUGGGAACCUACGAGAAGGUCCGGAGCACCCUGCUGUGACCCGAUCCGUCCAUGCUGCUGCGAGUGAUCAGAGGACGAUUCAUCAGUUAAUCACUGCAUUACCCAGAAUGCUGCACUACUGCGCUUGAUAGAAGCCAGACGAUCAGGUUGUUUUGGUGAUUAAGGUCCCUGAGUCCCGGGUCGUCCAGGUGCUGGAUGAGAGCCGAGUGUUUUCAUUGCUCUCUCCUCUCCAUUGAGCCCAGACACCUGUGUGAAGGAGACGCUGCCGUGUCUCGCCGUCGCCACAUUCCUGCGAACGCUCCGUGGCUUUUUCUUUCUCUCAGUCAGCACCGGCAGUCCAACACUUUGUUAAACGAACGAGACGGCGUGAGGCUCAGGUGCUCCUCUCAGGCUUUUUAUUGCACUUCAGCGUGUCUGUCAAGAAUUUAUGGUGAGCUGUUUCUCUUUCGGGGAGUCCCUCAUCCCUCUUUUCUUUUUCUCCCUUUGGCUGAUUCGCUGUGUGGAGAAUAGAGCUUCAGCGAAAUGUUUGAAACGUAAGAUGAAAUGUAAGAUGGAAUCAUCUUUGAUCUGUAAAAUAAUUUUACCCCAAGCUUUACAGAGAGCUGUGCUUUAUUUGUUCUUGUGUCCUCCAGAGUUUUUU